CCACCUUAUCCGCAAAAGAAAGCAUCGCGAAUGCCUUGCCAUUGCAUCGUCGACCUCUCACAUCACUCGUUGAUGCUGGGGCAGUUAUCGGUACCUCGAGGGGUCCCCGAUCUCCCGUGCGGCUUUGAUAUCGGCCCCAUAAGGAGCAGCCACCGAGCCCCUCAACAAGCCCAAGCUACAUAAAGGAGAGAUGUGGAAGUUCUUCCUCGGCACAAGGACAAGGUCUUCCCUCACAAUGAGCACAAAGCAACACGACCACCUCGACCACGAUCACAAGGAUGCCGGCACCCUUGUUCAGCACUCUGCGGCUGAGGCGAUGGAUGCCAAAGGCGGCCAAGACCUCGUCGAGGAGGAGUUUACUGAAGCGGAAUACAAGCGCCUUCGCCUCAAGUUUGAUCUCAUACUCAUGCCCAUGCUCAUGAUCUGUAAGGUAGAUGUAACGGCCGCGGCUAAUAGAGCAGUGUAUGGCCUUCAGUUCAGUGACAAGACUGCCUUGACCUGGGGUCUCAUCUUCAAUCUUCGCGAGGAUACGCACAUGUCCUUGCAGCAGUACUCGCUGCUCAGUGUCUGGUUCUAUAUGGCCUAUGGCGUCUUUCAGCUGCCCAUGAUGAGCUUGCUCCAGCGCGUCCCUCUUGGGCGUGGCCUGGCGGCCUGCAUCAUCAUCUGGGGAGGCAUGGUCAUGGCCCAUGCGGCAUGCAAGAGCUAUGCCGAGCUCACUGUUGUUCGCAUCCUCCUCGGUUGGUUCGAAUGUGUCGUCACCCCCGGCUUUGCAAUCUUCACCUCGUCGUGGUACCUCCGUCGGGAGCAGACCCACCGACAGAUGAUGUACUACUCGAUGAACAGCUUCUUCUCAGUCGUCUUUGGCGUUGGUGUCUACUUCAUCGCCAAGAACGCCGAAGAGCGGGGUGGCAUGUCCGGAUGGCGUGUCAUCAACCUGUUCCUCGGCGGGACCACGGUUGGCAUGGGCAUCGUGUUCCUCGUCUUUGGCGGAACCCCGCAGGAAGUCUGGUGGCUGAGUGCCCGUGAGAAGCGCAUGGCGCAAGCUCGUAUUGUGUCCAAUGCCACUGGCACCGGCGCCCAGGCGACCUGGAACUGGGACCAGGUCAAGGAGUGCUUCAAGGACCCCCAGUUCUACUUUGGCAUCCUGUACGGCUUUAUGGCUCAGAUCCCUAACGGCGCGAUUACAACCUUCUCCAGUCUCGUCAUCAAGUCCUUCGGCUUUGAUUCUCUCCAGACAGUUCUGUACAACAUCCCGGGGUACGCUACAGCCUUUGCCUUCAUCAUCACCAGCGCUACACUUGUCCUCUACGUACCCAAGCUUCGCUUCCCGCUUGCCCUAUUCUUCCAGCUGGUCACGUUUAUCGCCCUCCUCUUCAUCGCCGUGGCACCCAACGCCGGCAAGUGGGCUCGCUGGGGUGUGUGGACCGCCUUUAGCCACGUCUUCCCCCUCGGCACCUUCCUCGUCGCCUGGCCCAUGAUGUCGCUCAACAUUGCUGGUCGCACCAAGAAGACUUUCUUUAGCUCCUGUUGCCUGGUCUCUUACUGCGUCGGUAACAUGGUCGGAACGCAGAUCAUGAGGCCGUCCGACUCUCCUCGCUACGUCAAGGGUCUCACCAUCACCUCGAUUUUCCUCCUUGUCAACAGCACCAACCUCGUUGUUUGGUGGAUGUACCUCCGUCGGGAGAACAAGAAACGCGAUGCCGAGUGCGAAGCCUCUGGCAUCUCGGCCGAGGAACGCGAGCAACUUAACCAGCAAGCCGGUGUCGAUGAUAUCACGGACCGUAAGAACCGAAACUUCCGCUACUUCCACUAGGCGAUGUGUGGUUGUUGUCAAUAACAGGGUCGCGGAGAUGGGGCGGGGGGAUGUUUGGAUGGUGAAGCGAAGAGAUCAAGAUUUGUUCUGAAUGCAG